AUGAUCCUGUCGGCAUCCAGCGACGCCUUGCUCCGUGACAUCAUCGCAAACCUUCGGUCUGCGUUCAAGGUGAAGGAUCUCGGCCCGGUUCACUACUUCCUCGGCAUCGACGUUCGCCGCACGCCGUCUGGCUUCGUCCUUAGCCAGGCCUCUUAUGCUCGCAAUGUUCUUGAACGCGCGGGCAUGGGGAACUGCAAGCCAGCUCCGACUCCAGUUGACACCAAGGCCAAGCUCUCCAGCGGUGAUGGCGAACUCAUCAGCGACUCCACCUGGUACCGUAGCAUCGCCGGCGGCCUGCAAUACCUAACGCUCACACGGCCGGACAUAGCAUACGCGGUACAACAAGUCUGCCUCCACAUGCACGCGCCACGGACAAGCCACGCUACGCUGCUCAAGCGCGUUCUACGCUACGUCAAGGGCACCACGCAUCUCGGCCUUCAUCUACACGGGACGGCCACGCCGACACUGACUGCCUACAUGGACGCGGACUGGGCGGGCUGCCCCGACACCUGUCGGUCCACCUCCGGGUUCUGCAUCUUCCUCGGCGACUCCCUUGUUUCUUGGUCCGCCAAGAGGCAGACCAUCGUCUCCAGAUCGAGCACAGAGGCGGAGAACCGUGGCGUCGCCAAUGCCGUGGCCGAGUCCACCUAG